CCAAUGUAGAAUUAGGAAACGAAUUGAAAGGAUUGAAGCGACAGCAGAACUCGCUGUCUGGAAGUAUUGAUAAUAUGAAGAAGAUUCUUCACGAAACUACAGAGAAAAUGCAAAAGAACCAACUUGAGAUUCUAAAGACGCGACAAGAUAUUGCCCGGCUCGAAGCCCGUAUAGUUCAGUCAGAUCCCGAGGAGCUAAAAUCGACAAUAAAAGAUUUGGAAAAUGCCUUGGCGGCGGAUAAAUAUUCUUAUUCUGAAUUGGAAAGAAAGCUUCACAAGCUUCAGCUUAAAGUGGCUCGAGUGAAUUCGAUCCGUGAGGAAAUAAUGUCAUGUGACAACUACAUUGAUGACGUAGAAAGUGAGGGGGCAAAACGCGACAAAGCAAGCAAAGCUAUUCAGCAAAGUCAGGAUAGACUUGCACAAUGUCAUUUGAUGCUACGCGAUAAAGAAACCGAAGAGAAAUCUGCGCACAAGACUUUGGAUAUGAAUAAAGAAAAGCUGCAACGAUUGCAACAGCGAAGGCAAAGUAUGAGGGAUAUGCAUCAGAAAAAAAUUGCUGCACUUGAAGAAGAGUACAAACAAGUUAAGGAACAGGAAGUGGCCAGUCGGGAACUAGUAGAUAAAAAUAAGGAUGAUAUAACCAGGAUUGACGAAAAGGCAAAUGAAAACUAUGGAAGAAGACUGGCAACAAAGGCUGGCAACAAUCAAUGUUCG